AUGAAUGUCUCGUUGGAUUUGUUUGAAGCGUAUCUCUACUUCAAUGGGCAUGUGCUUAUGCUCUUGCUUCUUAUCUCUUGGGAAUGUAUGAGGUCAUUCUUAACAAGAAGAAAUAUCAACCAUGGAGAUGAUCGGCUCUUGGGGCCAACCCAAUCGAUUGGGCUAUUUGUGGUUGUCAUGAUAUUGGUUAUGCUAGGUUGUGUUGGUGUCUUCAUGGCUCUACUAGAAAAUCUAUCGAGGACAUGGCCUCCAAUCAUACCCGUAAUUGUCUAUCCAAUUGCUAUACUCCUUGUACUAGCAUAUCUAGGGAUGCUUAAUGAUUUAUGGGAGAGGGUGAAAGGGAUGUUAAAUGUAUGGAGAAAGCCAAGGUUUCAAGAUCUGUUUUUGGCUGAUCUCUUGUCCUCGAUUCCCAAGGUAUUUGCUAAUGUGGUGUGUUCACUGUUUCGAUGGUUUAACGGCUCGGGUGGCAGAACUGCAUGGCAAGAUGAUGGAAUGUGUGGUGACCACUUUAUACUAGUUACCGCGGCCAUGUCCCUCCCUUUCACGAUUCGUCUCAUCCAAUGCAUCAGAGAAUGGAAUCGUAAAUCGGCUCUCAACGCUGCCAAAUACACUCUCUCCAUCGGAGUGUUAGUAUUUGGUGCACUGGAAGCUGCCAAGAAGAUUGGAAGGGUUCCUUUCUGUUAA